UUUCAGCUGCCAGAAAUAGCUUCAGACUUGCAAAGAAUGUGAGGGAGAGGGAGGAGUCUUCACUGAGUCUGGCAGAAUUAGCCACUGAAUGAGUCUUCCACUAGCUACUGCUGAUCUAUCUAGAACUCCUCAGCUCAUAUAGUGCUAUGCUCUUUCUUCCUCUCUGUUCCCCACUCUCUACACUUCAUUCUACUAGGAACCAUAAUUCUCCAAAGACACAAUGAAGCCAGGAGUAGCCAGAGAACCAAAGGAUCCUAAUCAGAGACCUCACAGCACCCAGCACAAGGGGGACCUGGUCCACAAGUGAGGCUUCUAGGCACUAUAGCAAUAUAAAUAUUAAAUGAUAUAUGUACAUACCACAGGAAGAGAAACCACUAUAAGAUUUCUUUCCUUUCUUUCCACCAUGAGAAGAGGAUCAAGAACUAAGGAAUGAAGGGUCUGCCUCACAGAGAGAGAACACACCCUGCCUGGCUCUGCAAGGGAAUUCCAGUGCGACAGAUUACAAACAUGAAGCUGCUUGGAGCUGCCCUUCUCUCCCUGGCUGUGUUCAGCAUCUGCACCACAAAUGCACAAGAAACUUCAUCUAUGACUCCACCAUCCAACACUGUUCCGUCAACUGCAGCACAAGAAAAUUCAUCUAUGACUCCACCAUCCAUGAACAUUCAGUCAACUGCAGUUUCCAGUGAUUCAACCAUUAUUAUAAACAGUAGUACAAAUGUCUCAGUUUCCAGUGAUUCAACCAUUACUAUAAGCAGUAGUACAGAUGUCUCAGCACAAGAAAAUUCAUCUAUGACUCCACCAUCCAAAACCAUUCAUUUAACUGCAGCACAAGAAAAUUCAUCUAUGACUCCACCAUCCAAGAGCAUUCAGUCAACUGCAGCACAAGAAAAUUCAUCUAUGACUCCACCAUCCAAGAGCAUUCAGUCAACUGCAGUUUCCAGUGAUUCAACCAUUACUAUAAACAGUAAUACAAAUGUCUCAGCAGGGAAAACUGAAUCACUGCUAGGGAGUUCUGUGACGGCAACAUCAGACUCCACUUGGAUGACGGCUGGCUCACACUGGACAUCACCAUUAACACCAAGUCCUGGCAGUCCUGGUAGCAAUGACAAACAAGCGGAUAAUGACCAGUAUUCCAAUAUUAUUUUGCCAGUUGUGAUUGCCUUGAUAGUAAUAACCCUUUCUGUGUUCAUUCUGGUGGCUUUGUACAGAAUGUGCCGGAGGAAAACCACAGAGGGACAAGAGACUGGAACUGAACAAGCCACAACAGAUAAAGAGGGUGUCAAACUUCUUUCUGUAAAGACAAAGACAACUUCUCCUGAGACGGGUGAACACUCCUCUCAGGGAAAGAAUAGAACUCACCAACAUGAUGAAUCCUCCUCACACCUGGGCAAUAAAUAUAUGUGAAGCUGCCUCUUUUGCCACAUUAUAAAGGAACUGCCCUAUGAAGUUAUAGUUCCACAGGGGACAUGUCGAUCAGCUGCAGCUUCCUAUAGACAGGCAGAACAUUUGUGUUAAUUGUUCUAUGAUUAGCUCUUACUUUCCAUACUUUAAAUGCCUCGUGUUUUCUGCUGGAAAGACUCUUGUGUUUUCUUAAUGGCUACAUAACUGGUGUACCGUACAUAUUUAUUAUUUCUACACAUUAAAGCAGAGAAACUUUCAGAAAUGAUACAAAUAUUGUAAAAAUCUGGUGGUGUGUGACUAAUAAUGAUGUCUUUCUUGUAUAUAGAAAUGUUUUCUUCCCAUACAGGAAGGAAUAUGUUAAUAUAUUUUCUUAUAUGCUCAAUAAAUAGUCUUCUGAAAUCAUAUGUAGUAGAUUGCAAACUUGGGGCCUGAUCUUUCAAACACUAGUAUGCAAAAUUAUCAUUACCACAAGUACGUCCAUUGACUUCUAUGGGGCUACUCAUAGUAGGAAGCACUUCACCUGGUAGUAAAUGUUUGCAGGAUGGGGCACUUGGAGAUAAUAUCAAAGUGGUUUUGGUUUUGUUUGUUUCCAUGAAGGGGGCGAUUUUACCAAUUACAUUUUACAUUAGAUUUUUUUAAAACACUGUAAAUUACUGCACAUGGGCCUUAAAAUGCAAACGAAUUACAAACAAAUAUUAUAGGGUUUGUUUGUUUUUACUGUUCCUUGGGUAGUCACUUUGUUAUAUCUGCUGUAAGAAUAUUUUUUCAGAUUUAAUCUGCAAUAUACAGUGAGGACUCAAAAGGCAUUUACUACAGGCUGCAUUUGUCAAGGGAGUAACAACAGUGAUAGGCCUUGUUUCUCAAAUUUUGAGUAAUGCAUGGAAUUCCUAUUCAUUAUUUAUCAACUCUGGAAAUUUAAUGAUUCCUUCCAGUGAUAAUUACAAAAUAUCUCAAUUUAUAAAGCACUUAUGUAAGUAUCUAAAUAGUGCUGCUAUCUCCAUGUGGUCUGCUUUUCUAGAUAUAUAAACCUUUGGAAAUUUAUAAUAAUUUGAUCAAUCUCAAUCUGUUGAUUCAAGUUCCAUUUAUUUGCUGAAAUAUGAAAAUGAGACAUAGGAGUCUCAUUAGUGGUCUAAACACAGGAUUGAGAACCAAGCAUUCUAAUCCUAGUCCUUUCCACUAUGCGUUCAAGCAAGUCACUUAGCUCCUCUUUCUAGUUUUGCUGCUCUGCAAAGUGGCAACAAUAACACCUACCUACCACUCACAGGGCUGUUGUGCAGAUUAAUUAGUUAAUGUUUGUGCAGUACUUUGAAAAUGAAAAGUGCUCUUCCAGUGGUAGGCAUUAUCAGCUUCUUGUUUUCUCUUUGAUGGGUCUCACCCUGUAUCUAAGAGACUCAAAGGAAAACUUUUCUAUGAAGCACUGUGAAAGCUGGGCACCAAGUCCACAACCAGUGUGCUACAGACUGCAGCUGAACCUUUAUGCUUAGAUAAGUAUCAGAGGGGUAGCCGUAUUAGUCUGGAUCUGUAAAAGUAACAGAGAGUCCUGUGUCACCUUAUAGACUAACAGACAUAUUGGAGCAUGAACUUUCAUGGGUGAAUACCCACUUCAUCGAAUUCACCCACGGAAGCUCAUGCAUUCUUUGUGCUGGAUCAUCUGAGUGACUCGGGGGAGUUUGGCUGAGCAAAAGCAUCAUGAUGUCUGUACUUUCAAAAGGUGAGGCCAUCUAAAAUGCGCAAUUCUAGAGUUUAUAUAAAAUAUUAUACCCACUUCAGCUUCCUGACUGCUGAGGAUUCCCAAUGGAAAGAAGAAUCUAUGCUCGAGUUUUCAUGUAAAUGUAAAAUAGGUGUUUCGUCGCACAUUCUUUAUAGGGCAGUUUGAAAGAGCUGAGAAAUGUGAGUGUGGAAGAUUAAUAUAAGUGAUUAUGCAAUAUCAGUGUGCAGAAACUGUCAUUAAGUGUCCAGAUAAUGUUAAUCUUACAAUAAAACUUUGUAUCUGUA